CCAUUUUUUGAAAGCCCUUUUUCCGCGACAUUUGCGUUCCUUGUCUUCAUCUUCGCACGUCCGUAAAUACCACGGCGGUGUUCUUCAAAUCUCUCUCCAAAUUUCUCCAUUCUCCAUCUCCACAUUCUCUAAGCUGUUUCGCAAAUAUUUUGUUCUCAAAUAUCAUUCUUUUUAGUAACUUUGUUUUUUUUUUGGUAAAUAUUUGUGCGGACAUUCGUGAAUUUUGGGGUUCCGUGACUGUAAACGAGGAUGAAAGGAGGGUUCUAUGGAUUGAGGGGUAAAGAACUCUCUCUAAUUACCAUCGCUCUUAUGUGCACAACCUUUUUCAUAUGGGCGUGGGAGAAAACCCCGCUUCUUACUAGCUUAAUGCCACCGCAAACCCGUUGGGAGCUGUCUCCAGAUAUUCUUGUGAGUAAACCUUUACCUAGCUUGGUGUCUCCAGAAUCGCCAAUAUUUGUGGGCAAAAAUGUGUCACAAGUUGCGGAAAAAGUGAUUGUAAACAACCAAGAAGAACUACCUUUGAAUGUAGCAGCUCCCACGAGUUCUGCACAAAGGUCUAAUCAGAUGAGUGUAAUUAACAACAAUUCAGUAACCACCACAGAUCAGAACAUAGAAAUCCAUACAAGUGUGUCAGAAGAAAAAGCAAAAGACAAGCAGAUCCAGAAGGCAGAAACAGUUGUCCGUGCCCAAGGUCCUUCAAGUCCAAGGGAAUUUGAUGGAGAAAAUAAAAAAUUACUAGAACAAGUUUCAAAAGAAGUAGAAGUGGCUAUGGUAGCACCUGUUAGUUCCCCACGUACUAGCUCCCCAGUUAAGGGAAAAGAUGAUAGAAAUUUGACAACACUUACAGAAAAUCAAGCUUGUAACUAUGCAAAAGGAAAAUGGGUUCCAGACAAUAACCGGCCUUUAUAUUCUGGGUAUGAUUGUAAGCAAUGGUUGUCAGGCUCGUGGGCCUGCCGGUUGACGCAGCGAACAGAUUUUGCCUAUGAGAAGCUUCGGUGGCAGCCUAAAAAUUGUCAAAUGGAAGAAUUUGAAGGGUCUAAAUUCUUGAAAAAGAUGCAAGACAAAACUCUAGCUUUUGUUGGAGAUUCAUUGGGCAGGCAGCAGUUCCAGUCUCUAAUGUGCAUGAUCACAGGUGGUAAGGAGAGGCAUGAUGUCAUAGACGUCGGACAGGAGUAUGGACUAGCUCAAGCUCGUGGUGAUACUCGCCCUAGUGGCUGGGUGUAUCGUUUCCUAAGCACCAAUACAACCAUACUCUACUACUGGUCAUCGAGCCUUUGUGAUGUGGAACCCAUUAAUAAGACAAACCAGAAUACUCAUUAUGCCAUGCACCUUGAUCGGCCGCCAGCAUUCUUGCGUCAAUAUCUUCACAAAUUUGAUGUUCUGGUACUCAACACAGGACACCAUUGGAAUCGAGGAAAGCUUAAGGCUAACAAGUGGAUUAUGCAUAUUGGUGGUGUGCCAAAUACCAAUAGGAAGUUAGCAAUGAUUUGGCAGGCCAAAGAUUUUACCAUUCAUAGUUGCAUCAAUUGGGUGAACUCACAGCUGCCAAAACAUCCGGGGUUGAAAGCCUUCUACAGGACCAUCUCACCUAGGCAUUUUGUUGGUGGGGACUGGAACACGGGUGGGAGCUGUGACAAAACUACCCCUAUGUCAGUGGGAAAGGAAGUAUUACAAGAUGAGUCCAGUGAUGCCAGUGCUGCAGGUGCAGCAAAGGGAACUGGGGUUAAGCUCUUGGACAUAACAGCUCUUUCCCAGCUUAGGGACGAGGGUCAUAUAUCCCGUUUCAGCUUUAGCGCCAGAUCAGGAGUGCAAGAUUGUCUGCAUUGGUGUCUACCUGGUGUUCCUGAUACAUGGAACGAAAUCCUUUUUACACAAAUUUAGUCAACAAAAUAGCUGCUGAAAGAAGAAUACUGUAGUGUGCCUUAAAAGGUUUAGCUCUUCCUUUCCAUGGCUUGGGUAAAGAGAGCUUAUCUGAAGGUUCUGAACAGCACACUAUUCCAUGGGAUGCACUAACAUGAUGUGGGAGAUAUCACUUGGCCGAGUUCUAUAAUGGAGCUUAUAUGCCAACUUUGACUGUUGACAAAACUGCAUCCAAAUGGUUCAUAGGUUUGUUCUUUUUUGUGAUGCGGACCAUUGAAAUUCCUGUGGUCUAUUUGUAGCUUAGUUGACAUUGAUGUUGCACUUCACUUCCUCUAUUGGAGGUUGCAGGAGAAACGCCACUAUAAAGUGAGAGAAGGCCUUUCCUUUGAAGUGAAUUUUGGAUUUU